GGUUACACAAACUCACUCCACCACCUAUAGUGCACCUUUACUUAACAAUUCCACCUCACUCCAAAUGCAUUGCAAGUUAACUCAAAUCUUUUUAAUUAAUUAAUCUAAAGAUGCCUAGCUAUUAGUAAACAAUAAUUCAUUCUUCAAUAAGCUCCCUUUUACUUUCAUUUGAUUUGAUCCAUAACAAUUAACUAAUCUUUAAGCCCUCCUUUCAAUACAUAAAAAAACUAAAUUCAUAAUGAAACUAGUAGUUGACCAAAUUAGCAUGCUCAUGUCCUAAAUUGGAGUGGUUCUUUUUGAAGAAUCUCUCUCUCCCUCUCUCUCUUUUGGUGAAAUCAAACGGAUUUGUUGGUGCUACUUUAUGUGCAUAGCAUAGCAGGUUCACCUGAUCACUUACAAAAGCACUAUCUUCAUAAUUGCUUACUUGAUUUAUAUGCUCCUUAGAUUCACCAAUUUUUCAUAUCAUUCUUUGAUUCCAAAAACAUACAUUAUCUAAAAAGCAUAAGUGUCCGUCUGCACCUCCAAACGCACGUCUAUUCUUGCUUCCACUGUAAUUUCUGAGACGUUACAAUACCAAACUUAAGUGUCAGUCAGUCUACACCUCCAAACACACGUCUACCUUUGCUCUCACCGUAAUUUCUGAGACGUUACAAUACCAAACUUAAGUGUUUGUCUGCGCCUCCAAAAACAUGUCUACUCUUGCUCCCACCACGAUUUCUGAGACAUUACAAUACCAAAUUUAAGUGUCUGUCUACAUCUCCAAACACACGUUUACUCUGGCUCCCACGGUGAUUUUGGCAAACCUGACGCACAUCUAACCGGACACUAAAUUUUCUUCUCUUUUUUUUUUUACCAAAAAAGGAAGAUGCAAAGUUCAUAUCAUUCAUCAAUUAUUCCCGUAAAAUCACUGUAGUUCCUAGAGAGAGAAAAAAAAUGUUCUUUUUUCUGUUAUAAGCUUACAAAAUGAAAACCUUUUUCUCAAAGGAACACACUUCACACCCCAAGUUAAUUUUCAUUCAAAGUUCAACACUUUAACAAAAAGGGUUGAAAGAAAAGUGAUUAAAUUCAUCAAAAAAUGAGAGCUUUGAAGAUUUCUGAACGUUUCAAGAGCAUUCAAGUUCAUGCUCUAAGUUCUUCAUCUGAAAACAAUGGUGGCAGCAAAACAAAACAUCAUAACCUUAACAGACACAAAACCAUAUUGUCUUGGUCAAAAUCAAAAUUCAUCAACAAUAACAAAACCUCAGAGUUUCCAAAUCUUGUUUCUCUUCAGUUACCUUCUACUGACACCAUUGAACCAUCCAUAGAACCUUACCUUAAACCAAUCAACCUUGUUGAGUCUUUAGCAGAACUCUAUCAAAGGAUAGAGUUUUGCACCUCACAAUCUGAGAAAGUGUCACUUUAUGUUGAACUUUUCUCUGUUUUCUGCGGUCUUGGAGACCAAAAACUACUCAGAAGAUGUCUUAGAACAGCGCGACAGAACGCCGAGGAUGUUAUGUCAAAGGUUGUUUUGUCUGCAUGGUUAAGAUUUGAGAGAAGGGGUGAUGAACUUGUUGGUAUUUCUUCAAUGGAUUGUGGUGGUUAUAAUGUUCUUGAAUGUCCAAAGAAGAAUUUGGACAAUGGGUUUAAUCCUUUUUCAAUUAAUGAUCAUUGCAAGUGUAAUGAAGAGAGAAAUAAUCAUGAAACUUGUAACAAUGAUGAGAGUUUGUGUUUGUUUGAUGAGGAAAGUGACGUUUUGUUUUGUGUUGGGAAUGAAGAAAUCAAGUGUGUUAGGUGGAGAAUUGCUUCACUUUCAGAACCAUUUAAUGCAAUGCUUUGUGGUGAAUUUGUAGAAUCCAAAAUGUGGAAAAUUGAUUUUUCAGGAAAUGGAUUAUGCUCAGAAGGGAUGAAAGCAUUAGAAUUUUAUAGCAGAACAAAAAGAUUGGAUCUUUUUUGUCCUAAUACUGUUUUGGAACUUCUAUCAUUUGCCAAUAAGUUCUGUUGUGAGGAAAUGAAAAGUUCUUGUGAUUUUCAUUUGGCUUCAAUUGUUGAAAGUGUUGAAGAUGCAUUGAUACUAAUUGAGUAUGGUUUGGAAGAAAAUGCUACUCUUCUUGUAGUUUCUUGCUUACAAAUUUUUCUUCGGGAGCUUCCGAAUUCGCUUCAUAAUUCAAAGGUGAUAAAUUUCUUAUGCAGUUUUGAAUCAAAGCAAAAGUUGGCAAAUUUAGGGUGUGCUACUUUCUUGUUGUACUAUUUUCUCAGUCAGGUUUCUAUUGAACAAAGCAUGGUAUCGAAAACAACAACGAUGUUACUCGAGCGAAUGAAAGAGUGUGCUGCUGAAAGAUGGCAGAAGGGUCUUGCAUUGCAUCAAUUAGGGUGUGUGUUUCUUGAAAGAAGAGAGUAUAAAGAAGCUCAACGCUGUUUUGAUGAAGCAGUUGAAUUUGGUCAUGUUUAUUCGAUAGCCGGUGUGGCUAGAACAAAGCAUAAACAAGGUCAACCAUAUUCGGCUUAUAAGUUAAUAAGUUCUUUGAUAUUUGAGUAUAAACCAGUUGGUUGGAUGUAUCAAGAAAGAGCAUUGUACAAUAUGGGAAGAGAAAAAGGUUUUGAUUUAGAUUUUGCAACUCAACUUGAUCCUUCACUUUCAUUUCCUUAUAAAUAUAGAGCAUUGGAAAAAGUUGAGGAGAAGCAAAUAAGAGAAGGGAUUAUGGAGUUGGAUAAGUUUCUUGGAUUUAAGCUUUCACCUGAUUGUUUAGAGUUGAGGGCUUGGUUGUAUAUUGCAUUAGAGGAUUAUGAUAGUGCUAUGAGAGAUAUUAGAGCAUUGUUAACUAUAGAGGCUAAUUACAUUACUUUACAUGGAAGGAUUAAAGGUGAAUACUUGGUUCAAAUUCUUAAAAGUAGAAUUCAGAAGAAGAAUCAAGCUGAUUGUUGGAUGCAACUGUAUCAACAAUGGUCUUCAGUUGAUGAUGUCGGUUCUUUGGCUAUUAUACAUCAAAUGCUAGAGAAUGAGCCUGGAAAGAGCCUGCUUGAGUUUCGUCUGUCACUGCUACUUUUGAGGUUAAACUGUCAAAAAGCUGCAAUGCGCAGUUUGCGGCUGGCAAGAAACCAUUCUAGCUCAAUGCAGGAAAGGCUAAUUUACGAAGGAUGGAUUCUAUACGAUACUGGCUACCGUGACGAGGCUGUUACAAGGGCUGAUAGAUCCAUUGCAAUUCAAAAAUCAUUUGAAGCCUUUUUUCUAAAAGCAUAUGUGUUAGCAGAUACAAAUCUUGAUCCUGAAUCUUCUUCUUAUGUUAUUCAGCUUCUGAAAGAAGCACUUAAAUGUCCUUCAGAUGGACUUCGCAAAGGACAAGCAUUGAAUAACAUGGGGAGUAUUUAUGUUGAUUGUGGUAAAAUAGAACUUGCGAAGGAAUGCUACAACAACGCACUUGCAAUUAGGCACACUAGAGCUCAUCAAGGCCUAGCGCGCGUUUAUCAUCAGAAAAACCAACGGAAAGCUGCAUACGAUGAGAUGACAAUGCUAAUUGAGAAGGCGGAGAGCAAUGCCUCAGCGUAUGAGAAACGAUCGGAAUAUUGUGACCGUGAGAUGGCGAAGGCUGAUCUUGAUAUUGCAACACACCUUGAUCCUUUAAGGACAUACCCUUAUAGAUACAGGGCAGCAGUGCUGAUGGAUGAGCAAAAAGAAACAGAAGCUGUGGAAGAACUCACCAAGGCACUAAAAUUCAAGCCUGACCUUCAAAUGCUUCAUCUGCGAGCUGCAUUUUACGAGUCAAUGGGUGAUUUAUCUUCUUCUCGUAUAGAUUGUAAGGCCGCUCUUUGUUUAGAUCCAAAUCAUACAGCUACACUUGAUUUAUAUCAAAGGAUACAAAAACUAAGCUUUUGAUCUUAAAACAAAUGUAAAUACAUUGAUAUGAUGUGGAUUCUUGUGAGUCAUAUUCACAGAAUUUGUCUUGCACUAUAUAUUUACACAUCCUCUUGUACAGUUACAUUACAUGGUUUAUAAACUAUAAAGAGAUUCAUACCUCUGGUUUACUACA